UUUCUGUCGGAAUCGUUCCGUCUUCGGUCCUUCUGUUUCCGUGUCUGGAAGGAGAGCAGUGGUGUGAUUCAGAGGAAGCGUUUAUCCGUCAAAAUGCAGGACCCAAAUGAAGACACAGAGUGGAAUGAUAUCUUGAGGAAAAAAGGCAUUCUUCCUCCCAAAGAGGUGCCUAAAGAUGAUGAAGAGGAGGAGCUGGCUCUCCAACAGCAGUCUAUAGUUAAAACGUAUGAGGACAUGACGUUGGAUGAACUGGAGGAGAAUGAAGAUGAGUUUGGUGAAGAAGAUGAGGCCGCCAUCGAAAUGUACAGACAGAAGCGUAUUGCAGAGUGGAAGGCUACUCAGAUUAAAAACGUGUUUGGAGAGGUGGUGGAAAUCUCAGGGCAGGACUACAUCAAGGAGGUCAACAAGGCCGGAGAGGGCAUCUGGGUGGUGCUGCAUCUCUACAAACAGGGCAUCCCUCUGUGUACGCUCAUCAAUCAGCACCUGACCAUGUUGGCCAGGAAGUUCCCUCAGACCAAGUUCCUCAAAUCCAUCUCCACCACCUGCAUCCCCAACUACCCGGACCGCAACCUGCCCACCAUCUUUGUCUAUUUUGAGGGCGAGAUGAAGGCUCAGUUCAUUGGGCCACUGGUCUUUGGGGGCAUGAACCUCAAAGUUGAAGAGCUGGAGUGGAGGUUAUCAGAGUCUGGGGCAGUAAAAACAGACCUGGAGGAAAACCCCAAGAAGCAAAUCGAAGACAAGCUAAUGUCAUCGAUCAGAAGUUCGCUUCCUACAAGAAAGGACAGUGACUCUGAGGAUGAGGAUUAUUAGAAACAUGCUUUUUACUCCAAACCAGAAAAACUGUGUGGCCGAUUUGUGGGAAACACUCAGAGGACCUUGAGCAGGGACAGAGAGGGGGCGACAUGUCCUUUUGUCAGCAUAUACAUUUCAUAUUUUAACCACUCUGACUCUUAUGUGGAACUCAAUCCUGCUCAAGGGCACUUGAACGGGACACUUGGCUGGACCCAUGACCUUGUUGAACAACCAGCCUCCUGUACAUUUCUGUGGGAAAGUUGGGAAACAGUACAGUCACUCUUUUGUAAUGUAAAAAAACAUCUCAUCUGAUUUUUUUUUUUUUU